UAAAUUCUGAUGCCGGGCCUUCCCGUUUCCAGCAACGAAUAUUAGCCAUCUGUCAAAAAGCCAAGCCGUCUCCGGGGAUCAGCUCCUUGAUUCUCCCCCGCCUAACAACGCACACGAAUUCCACGCCCCCCCGUGUCGUCCUCGUCCACGACCGGCGCCGUGCUCGCACCCACCAUGCGUGCGGCAACCGAACUGUGCAAAUCUCCGGCGCCUUCUUCUGGCCGGCCUAACUGCGCAGACCGGGAGACAGUAUAUAUAGCGGCGUUGUUACCUAUAGCCUAUAGGUCACGGUCUCGAGGAUACUGGAUAGCCAUCGAUCGACCAUCACCGUAUCAGAGGCAAGCAAAGAAAGGGAGGAGUCAUCAACGUUCUGAACUUCUGAUCGAGAGGACAAGAGCAGGGUAACAAUCGAUGGCGUUCAUGCGGUACUACCGCGGGCUGCCGCACGGGGAGACGACGGUGGAGGAGUUCAGGGCGUGGCUGAGCCAGUUCGACGCGGACGGCGACGGCCGGAUCAGCCGGGAGGAGCUGGAGGAGGCGCUGCGCAGCCUCAACCUGUGGUUCGCGUGGUGGAAGGCGCGGGAGGCGAUGCGCGCGGUCGACGCCAACCGCAACGGCGCGGUGGACGGCGACGAGAUGGGCAGGCUCUACGCCUUCGCGCACAAGCACCUCCACCUCAAGAUGAGCCAGCUGGAGGAGUAGUAAAUUGGAGUGAAAAAUCAUUUGUAUAUAUAGUCGUGUGCUGCAAAAGUUUGGUAUGAGCUCGUGAGUUCAUUCUGCCCUGUUUACUGAAUGCAACUUUCAUGAUCUUGGGCUAGGAUGCCUAAUAAAUCCGAGAAGUAGAGAUUGUAUUUUUCUGUACAUAACUAGAGAUUGUACGUUACGCAACAAACACUUUUACGGAUUGUACAUUAUAAUUUGUCAACGUAUUUUUUUUGAAAAGUCAA